AUGGUGGAACAGGUUUCUUUUAGAGAGGUAAACAAAAUAACAAGCGAGAAUGAAUGUGAUUCAGAUAGUCAUAAUGAAGGUGAUAAUAUUGAAGAUGCGAAAGCAUCUGUUUUUAUAAAAUCUUCGAUGAUUCCAGAGAAUACAGAUGUAGUGAAAGGUCUAAAUUUUGAUAAAGAAGUAAAGUUACAUGAAUUUAUAAAUCAGUAUAAAUAUAUGGGAUUCCAAGCAACUAACUUAGGUAUUAGUAUUGAUGAAAUUAAUAAAAUGAUAUAUUAUAAAUAUAAGGAUGAAAAUAUAAAAUCUGAAGAAACUAAUAAAAAGAAUAAUAAAAAUCAGAAUAAUGUUAAUGAUGAUUGUAUUAAUAAUGAAGAAAAUAAUUUAUAUAAUUAUGAAAAUAAGAAAAAAAAAUUAGAAAUAUUUGUUUAUCUAGCCAAAAAUAAAUUUAUCGAUGUUGUUGUGACAACUGCUGGAGGUAUAGAGGAGGAUAUCAUCAAAUGCUUUUCUAAUACAUAUAUAGGAGAUUUUAAUUUAAAUGGAAAAAAAUUAAGAAAAAAAGGAUGGAAUAGAAUAGGUAAUUUAAUUGUACCUAAUGAUAAUUAUUGUAAAUUUGAAGAUUGGCUUCAACCCAUAUUAAAUAGAUUGUUACAUAAACAAAAUGAAAAAAAUGAACAACUAUUUUUAAAAAAAUUAGAAAAAAGAAUAAAAAAUAUAAUAAUAUUAAUAGGAACAAUAUAUGAUGAAGAUGACAUGUAUUAUUUAAGUCCAUCCGAAUUUAUUAACAUCUUAGGAAAAGAAAUUAAUCAUGAAAGCUCAUUAAUAUAUUGGUGUUAUAAAAAUGACAUACCAAUUUUUUGUCCAGGUUUAACAGAUGGAUCUUUAGGAGAUAAUUUUUUUUUCAUAAUUAUGGAAGAAAAAUUAAAAAAUAAUUUAAUUCUAGAUAUUGUUAAAGAUAUUAAAAAAUUAAUUCACU